CUCUCUAUGGUUGCCCGCGGCGGGUAGCGCGCCGCCGCCGCCGCCUCGCCUCGCCCCCGCCCGCGCUGCACGCCGGGACGCGGCCGGUCCUCCCUCCUUCUCUCCCUCCCUCCUUCCCGCGCGCCCCCCCGCGCGCCCCGAGCCUGCGCCGCGCCGACAUCCGCGUUGUCCCAAGAUGGAGGAGCGGGGUUCGCGCUGAGCGCGGCCCGGCCGACACAGGAGCAGGAGGAGGAGACGCGCCCGCCCGGCCCGGCCCGACCGCCCGCCUCGCCUUCCCCGCCCCGCCAGGCCGCGGCUCCGGCCGCACCGGCAGCAGCAGCGCCUCCUUCUCGCCCGCGGCCCGGCCCCGAGUGCGGCGCGGCCCCCGCAUGAGCCCGGGCGGCAGCGGCGGCGGGAGCGCCCGGGAGCAGCAGCCGAGGCGCCCAGAGUGGUGAAGAAUUAGGAGAAGCUGCAGUUGUUCUGCUGAGUGGAGCUAAAUGGGUGGCUUCCUUCUGGACCCUCACUUCACUGUCUUAGGUACAAGAACUGUAGAAGUCCAUUUUAGAGUUUGAAAGAACAAGAUUCUGCAGCUCUGGAAAGAUAUGCCAUGGAAGUAAUCAGCUGGGGUGGUCCCAGGGCGCUCUGGGCACGAGUAUUGCUGAGUGAUCAUUGGCUGCCACCUGCGUGACAAAGUAAAGGACCAACCCUUCCAUUUAUACCAGUGGAGCCAGAUCACGGGAAACAAUUGACAGAAUUGUUAAGCUUAUGCUUAGCUCAGCGUGAUACAGGACUGGUGCGACAACUCGGUUUUGAUCAGUGACUCAAAAUUGUGAUCACCCUGAUGUCACCGAAUGGCCACAGCUUGUAAAAGAUCACCAGGAGAACCACACUCUGAGAACAUUGAAACUAGCCGAAUGAAGCGAGCAGCUGCAAAGCAUCUAAUAGAGCGCUACUACCACCAGUUAACCGAGGGCUGUGGAAAUGAAGCCUGCACGAAUGAAUUUUGUGCUUCCUGUCCAACUUUUCUCCGAAUGGAUAACAAUGCAGCAGCCAUUAAGGCCCUCGAGCUUUAUAAGAUUAAUGCAAAACUCUGUGAUCCUCAUCCCUCCAAGAAAGGAACGAGCUCAGCUUACCUAGAAAACAAUUCCAAAGGUGCCCAUAACAAUUCCUGCACUGACAGAAAAAUGAACAAGAAGGAAAUGCAAGGCCCGAGAGAUGACUUUAAAGAUGUGACCUUCCUAACAGAAGACAAGAUAUAUGAAAUUCUUGAACUAUGUCGAGAAAAAGAGGAUUAUUCCCCUUUAAUCCGGGUGAUUGGGAGAGUGUUUUCUAGUGCUGAAGCACUGGUACAGAGUUUCCGAAAAACCAAGCAGCACACCAAGGAGGAGCUCAAGUCUCUUCAAGGAAAGGAUGAAGACAAAGAUGAAGAUGAAAAGGAAAAAGCUGCCUGUUCGGCUGCUGCUAUGGAAGAGGAUUCUGGUGCAUCAUCAUCUUCAUCAUCAAGAAUAGGUGAUAGCACACAGGGAGAUAAUAACCUCCAAAAACUAGGCCCAGAUGAAGUGUCUGUAGAUAUUGAAGCAGUCAGGCGGGUCUAUGAUAGGUUACUUUCUAAUGAAAAAAUAGAAACUGCCUUUUUAAAUGCACUUGUGUACUUGUCACCUAAUGUGGAAUGUGACUUGACUUACCAUAAUGUGUACUCUCGGGAUCCUAACUAUCUGAAUUUGUUUAUUAUCGUUAUGGAGAAUGGCAAUCUUCAUAGCCCAGAAUAUCUGGAAAUGGCUCUACCAUUGUUUUGCAAAGCAAUGAGCAAACUGCCCCUUGCAGCUCAAGCAAAACUGGUCAGAUUGUGGUCUAAGUACAGAGCAGAUCAAAUUCGCAGAAUGAUGGAAACAUUUCAGCAGCUUAUUACUUACAAAGUCAUAAGCAACGAGUUCAAUAGUCGUAACCUAGUGAAUGAUGAUGAUGCUGUUGUUGCUGCUUCAAAGUGCUUGAAAAUGGUUUACUAUGCAAAUGUAGUGGGAGGGGAUGUGGAUACGGAUCAUAACGAAGAGGAGGAUGAAGAACCCAUCCCAGAAUCAAGUGAACUAACUCUUCAAGAGCUGUUGGGUGAGGAAAGAAGAAAUAAAAAAGGUCCUCGAGUAGACCCCCUGGAAACUGAACUUGGUGUUAAAACUAUAGAUUGCAGAAAACCACUUAUCCCUUUUGAAGAAUUUAUUAAUGAACCACUGAAUGAUGUUCUAGAAAUGGACAAAGACUACACCUUCUUCAAAGUAGAAACAGAGAAUAAAUUCUCAUUUAUGACCUGUCCCUUCAUAUUGAAUGCUGUUACCAAGAACCUGGGAUUGUAUUAUGACAAUAGGAUCCGGAUGUACAGUGAGAGACGCAUAACUGUGCUCUACAGCUUGGUUCAGGGCCAGCAGCUCAACCCCUACCUGCGGCUCAAGGUGCGGCGCGAUCACAUCAUCGACGACGCGCUCGUCCGGCUAGAGAUGAUUGCCAUGGAAAAUCCUGCAGACUUGAAGAAGCAAUUGUAUGUUGAAUUUGAAGGAGAGCAAGGGGUAGAUGAAGGAGGUGUUUCCAAAGAAUUUUUUCAACUGGUUGUGGAAGAAAUCUUCAAUCCAGAUAUCGGGAUGUUCACAUAUGAUGAGUCUACAAAACUGUUUUGGUUUAAUCCGUCCUCUUUUGAAACUGAGGGUCAGUUUACCCUGAUUGGCAUAGUACUGGGACUGGCUAUUUACAACAACUGUAUACUGGAUGUACAUUUCCCCAUGGUUGUCUACAGGAAGCUAAUGGGCAAAAAAGGAACUUUCCGUGAUCUGGCAGACUCUCAUCCUGUUCUGUAUCAGAGUUUGAGAGACUUACUGGAGUAUGAAGGAAGUGUGGAAGAUGAUAUGAUGAUAACGUUUCAAAUAUCUCACACGGAUCUCUUUGGCAAUCCAAUGAUGCAUGAUUUAAAGGAAAACGGUGAUAAAAUUCCUAUUACAAAUGAGAACAGAAAGGAAUUUGUCAAUCUGUAUGCUGACUAUAUACUCAAUAAAUCAGUAGAAAAGCAGUUCAAGGCCUUUCGGAGAGGAUUCCACAUGGUGACCAAUGAAUCUCCUUUGAAAUAUUUAUUUAGACCAGAGGAAAUUGAAUUACUUAUUUGUGGAAGUAGGAAUUUAGAUUUUCAAGCACUAGAAGAAACUACAGAAUAUGAUGGUGGCUAUACAAGAGACUCUCUUAUUAUUAGGGAAUUCUGGGAAAUAGUCCAUUCAUUUACAGAUGAACAGAAAAGACUCUUCUUACAGUUUACAACAGGCACAGACAGAGCCCCUGUGGGAGGACUUGGAAAGUUAAAGAUGAUCAUAGCCAAAAAUGGCCCAGAUACAGAGAGGUUACCUACAUCUCACACAUGCUUUAAUGUACUUUUGCUUCCGGAGUACUCAAGCAAAGAAAAGCUUAAAGAAAGAUUAUUGAAGGCCAUCACAUAUGCCAAAGGAUUUGGCAUGCUGUAAUAAGUAUAACAAAAGGGAUUUAAAAAUGAUGGUGAUGAUGUCCCUGUCCAAAAAGGCCAUAAGAUAGUGAGCUACAGUAGUCACCUGUGUUUGUGCCUCCCUUCUUUACUGGGGACAUUGGGCUGGAACAGCAGAUUUCAGCUGCUUAUAUGAACAAAAUCUUUAUUUUUUCUUUUAGCGUGAAAGUGUUACAUAUUCUUUCACUUGUAUGUACAGAGAGGUUUUCCUGAAUAUUUAUUUUAAGGGUUAAAUCACUUUUGCUUGUGUUUAUUACUGCUUGAAGUUGAGCCUUUUUGAGUAUUUACAAGAAAACAAACUGUACUCUCCCAAGGAAAAUAUUGCCAUCAUUUGUAGACCAUGUAACCUUCAAGUAUGUGCUAUAUUUUUGUCCCUGUAUCUAAUCAAAUCAAGAACUGUACUUUUUGAAGAGUUUGCUUUUGAAACUUGAAGUCUUGAAAAACAGUGUGAUGCAAUUACUGCUGUUCUAGCCCCCAAAGAGUUUCUGUGCAAAAUCUUAAGAAUCAAUAAAGAUGGAAGGGAGAACUUGGAAUGUUAAAUUGCAGCCUUGAGAACUUUACUUUAGUCACAGCACAACAAUUAAAAUUCAUUUCACUAUAUGUUGUCUUCACAUGUCUUGUAAUAAACUGUGUUUUUAAUUAGGAAACAUUUCUUAGCAUAUGAAAGGGUAGAAAUUUUAGUUACUUUUUUAAAAAAAGAAGUUUACUGGGGAAAGUGCAUUUUCAACUGAACAGCUUUAGAGUAGGGAGUGAAGUGUCUGGAAAAAAAGAUAGGAAGUUUUUGCUAUAUUAUAAACAAAGCAUGUGGAAGUGCACUUAAAAUGAAGUUCUAUUCUUAAUUGCCUAUUAUGUUGACAUUUAAAAUAGACAAUCCAAAGUCUUCCCUACAUGUUAUGUCAUCAUUUAUUUAAUGAAUCAUUUUUCCUACCUAUCAAGGCACAUGAUCAGUGUUGCACCAUAGUCUAAAGGGAUGGCUACUGUAUUUUAAUCUCAUCUAACAAUAAGCAAAAUUGAACAAUAUUAAACGUGAGGCCUACUUCAUGUUGUACACUUCCAACCAUUAAAUAAACUGUUAGAAAGUAAGUACUAAGGUUAUGUUCAUCUACUACAUAAAGUAUUCAGUAGGUUUUUAAUUUAACUCUACAAAUCAUAUCAGAAAUAAAUCCUUUACCUUUCUUAGUCUGUGUUUAAUGUUAAUUUCUCCUGUUGCAAUAUAUGAUGAAGGGAUUCUGCAUUUGUGAGUGCAGAUGGAACUGGCAUAUCUCUUUUCCAAUACAAGCUGCAGCGGGCGUGCAGAGCUGAGCUUGUGCCUUGACAGUUGCUAUACUGGCUACUACCGAUCAAACCCGUGACUGUGUGGAAUUGGCAUUAAAAGGCUUAGUUUUGAAAUCAUUGGAAAAAGAAAAGAUGUCUUUCAGGACUAUUUUAAUAAAUUCUUUCUAGUAAUAGAAACAGACAACUGUUAUGUAACUAUGAUGCUGAAUAAAACAAUGACCUUUUUUCA